CUUGGACUUGAUGCAUCCGUUUCGGGCGUUCGGAAGGAAUUUAGUGAGAUCGUCGUUCGGAGUGCUGCGAAAAAUUGUCAAGAUUUAAAAGAUGCGUCUUGAAUUUUGAUAUCGGAUAGAGGGCGUAUCUACCAUGACCGUAGCAUGAUAUACAUACUAAGUGGGUUGCUCUGGGUAACUAACCGUGUGCGGAACACCAAAAGAAUGCUCUUCGAAUCACAAAAUGAGACGAUCCAGCAUCCGCGAGAAGAAUGACGGGGAAGAAGCAGUCCCGCUCAACAAUCGCGGAACACCUGCUAGAAUCAGGAAACCGAACAGAGCCCUCUUCGACGGGGAUUUCGUCGAAGUGAACCUAAAUGGCAAAAAGAGAAGACCCGCGGAUGGAGAAAAAGUCUCCGAAUCCGCCUCCUCGACUCCUAAACGUCUAAAGCAUUCUCUUCUCACAACCCCUUCACCCCGUAAAUGCAACGCAGAUGCAGUGAAAAACUCCAGGAAAGUGUCUUCUUCUAAACGUACCUUGAAUUUGUCUGAACCGAAACCGGUGGAUGAUGAUGACGAGAGUGCAACGCCGAAAAGAUCUGUUCGUGCGAGCAGAAGCAAACCUCAGAACGAUGCUACUCCUGUUCGAAAGUCCGCGAGGAAACCAGAGCCGAACAAACGCUUCCUCGAUCCCGAUGAGAUCGUUGAUCUCCCGAAUCUACUCGGCCAAUCCCCGAGGAAGAAAUCGGAACAAGAGGGCAAGUCUUCCCGUAAAUCUAGUCGUUCUAGUUCAGCAUCCGUGUCCACCCGCGAGAGAAACAUUCCGAGUCCCAUUUUGGAGGAGCAGCUUUCACCGAAAAUCCCACUCAAGGAACUUUCUGAGGAAGAAUUUCUGAACCCAUCGAGUGAACCCGACGAUUCUUCAGACGAAGAUGAUGACUCUUCUGAGGCUUCUCGUAACUCUUCAAAAUAUUCCACCUACAAUCCGUUGAAGGCGUUCCUGCCGAAGUCUUCGAAAAAUUCGAAACGGUUUCGUGGUGUGAAAUUUGUCGUGGAGGAUGAGAAACCGAAGAUGGAGAAAACGGUGACCAGAGUGUUAUCGAAGGAGGAACGACGGAAUCGUUUGGGUCGUAGGAAGGAAGUUUUAAAGCAGUCUAGGAUUUCCAUGAAAGUGAUGCGAUGUUUGAAACGAAGACCGACGCUUCAGUGGGUGGCAUAUGAGUGGUUCUACGGGCAUGUCGAUGUACCAAUCUUCUUCGGAGAUAAUCCAUUUUUGACGUGUUUGCGGGAGAAUUUUCCGAAAUUGCUCGAGCUGAGCCAUGGAAAGGUGCUGAAGAUGACGCGAACUGAAUGGAACUUCGUUCGAAAGCGCUUUGGAAAACCUCGUCGAUUCUCUGCGGCAUUUCUUGAAGAAGAAAGAGCAGUAUUAGAAAUCAGAAGAGAUCAAAUACGUACAUUACAGGCUCGAGAAAUCUUCGAUUUCAGGUCCAUGUGGAAAUGUCUUCCUGAUCGGAUUCCUUUGCCGUUGUGCGUCGGCAUGGAAGUGAUUGCGUUUCUUCCGGCUCUCUGUGGAUUCCACGAAGGUGUGAUCCAAGCUGUGAAUGGUUUGAAGCACACCUUUAGGAUUCGGUUUAAUAAUCCUAGAAUCGGCUGUCAAACGGUUGACGACAUCUUCGUCGCUCGAGGACGGACGUUGAAGGGAUUGAUAAUCCCUCUGAACCAGUACCUGGCGAAGAUUAGGAGGCCGAGAAACGCGUCGGCAUCCAUGUUGCCGAUUUACAGCAAUCAGCGACAGACGCCGAGAUGGCGUCAGUCCAAUCCGGGGCGUCCGUCUCCGAUCAUGGGCGCCAUUGAUCCGUCUCUGGCCGCGUCGGAUGUCCCGUUGAAGGCCAUGUUGUUGGAGGGGAACUUGACGCAGUUUCCCUUGCAGUCUUUAGUCAAUAUUGUGCGGGUGAAGAAGUUGUUGGACAUCAAGCACGCGAAAAUUGCGGAGUUGAAGGAAUUGAACCAUCAGGCAGAAGUGACUCGAUGUCACGCGAAGGAAUACUCGAUAUUUUUCCAGCGGAAAUAUUCCACUUUGAUUCUCGACUUGGAACGACUCAACUCUGACCUGAAUGUUGUCUUGAAAGAGGUCAACAACUACUGCAGAAGAGUGGCUCCUGAACAGUUUCCCAAGAGUUUCUCGUUGCUGAAGGACGUGACCAUGUCUCAGGCCAAGGCCCUGGUUUCGUCCUACAAUGUAGCCGACGGUGAUGCCCAGGGCCAAAGAGCUGGUCCAUCUAGCAGUAAACCGUCGGUGCACACCGGUGAUGUGAUUGUAGACGACUCGAACGUGCUUCAGCUCAUCACUCGCGUUCUCGCUCUUUUUCUCCAAAUCAAGAGUUUUGCUGACAGUAGUCCGCCGUGGAACUCGUACGACUUGAGAGCUUUGACGGACACCAUUUCCGAAGCGAAGGCGAAUUUGCAGCCGGAAAACGUGGCAUUGUUCGAGUCGUGUGUGGAAGUGCAAAUCAGACAAGUGCUGGCUGCCAUGUCGCAGUCUAAACAAGCAACUUCCGGACUAGAAGAGUCCUCUUCGUCCACCAACGCUUUUCUCCCUGACGAAAACAGAUGAUAUUUUGCGAUUUUAUUUAUGAGUAAUUGGUGUAUUUUUGUAUUGCCGUAUGAUUAUUUUUUGUUUUUGUUUUGCGAGGCGGUUGGAUAUAGUUUGCGGUAUUUUUGUUUGA